AGUUGCUUUUAACGCUUCAAAGUGCACAGUUCUCAAGUCGAGUCCAAGAAACGAAAACGGCUCAAAUUUAAUCCUUUUCUUUCGUUUGGGGCAAGUCCUUUUGGGCCAUGGCUGCCGCUGCUGUUGCCACACCAGGCGCCACCGUGCUACCUUCUGCUCCUGCUGCCGGACCUGCUGCGGCAACAACCGCUUCGACUCGCAAAGGUCCUGCUGGGGCAGCAGCAACAGCUGCCUCUGCUGGCAAAGGACCACAGAAUCAGGUGGAAAUCGCUGGGGAGGCAAAUAUCGUCAACUACAUGAAGAAUAGAUUGCGCAAGGGAGCAAUGAAGCGCAAGGGUCUCGAGGUGGUCAACGGACACCGAUUUGUGGUGCGCUUCUUCAAGCAGCCAACCUACUGCGGUCACUGCAAGGAUUUCAUUUGGGGCUUUGGCAAGCAAGGUUUUCAGUGCGAGGAAUGUCGCUUUAAUAUACACCAGAAAUGCUGCAAGUUUGUGGUCUUCAAGUGUCCUGGGAAGGACACCGACUUCGAUGCCGACUGUGCGAAGGUGAAGCAUGCCUGGAUCUCGACCACCUACACCACACCCACCUUCUGCGAUGAGUGCGGCAUGCUAUUGCACGGCGUUGCCCAUCAGGGCGUCAAGUGUGAGAAUUGCAAUCUGAAUGUGCAUCCAAAGUGCCAGGAGUGUGUGCCACCGAUGUGUGGCGCCGAUAUCAGCGAGGUGCGUGGCAAGCUUCUACUCUUCGUGGAGCUCAAGGGCAACAACUUGAAAGUGGAGAUCAAGGAGGCAGCUAAUCUUAUACCAAUGGAUACCAAUGGCUUCAGUGAUCCUUAUAUAGCCGUCCAAAUGCACCCCGAUCGCUCGGGACGCACCAAGAAGAAGACCAAAACCAUACAGAAGAAUCUCAAUCCGGUCUUCAAUGAGACUUUUACUUUCGAGCUGCAGCCACAGGAUAGGGAUAAGCGUCUGUUGAUUGAGGUCUGGGAUUGGGAUCGAACCUCACGCAACGAUUUCAUGGGCUCAUUUUCCUUCAGUUUGGAGGAGCUGCAGAAGGAGCCCAUCGAUGGCUGGUACAAGUUUCUAUCGCAAGUCGAGGGUGAACACUACAACAUACCCUGUGUGGAUGUCAUUAAUGAUAUGGCCCGACUGCGCGACGAGGUGCAACUCGAGCGUCGUCCCAAUGAGAAACGACGCAUGGACAACAAGAAUAUGCCGCAUAAUAUGAACAAAAGAGAUAUGAUUCGCGCAGCUGACUUUAAUUUUGUGAAGACCAUUGGCAAAGGAUCAUUUGGCAAAGUUCUUUUGGCCGAGCGCCGUGGCACCGAUGAACUGUACGCGGUGAAGGUGCUGCGCAAGGAUGUCAUCAUCCAAACGGAUGACAUGGAGUUGCCCAUGAACGAGAAACGCAUCCUGGCGCUGUCGGGUCGUCCGCCCUUCCUCGUCGCCAUGCACUCCUGCUUCCAGACCAUGGAUCGCCUCUUUUUUGUCAUGGAGUAUUGCAAGGGAGGCGAUCUCAUGUACCACAUGCAGCAAUACGGACGCUUCAAGGAGUCGGUCGCCGUCUUUUAUGCCGUGGAAAUUGCAAUUGCUUUGUUUUUUCUGCACGAUCAUGACAUCAUCUAUCGCGAUCUGAAGCUGGACAAUGUUCUGCUAGAUGGUGAAGGACAUGUGAAACUUGUGGACUUUGGGCUGAGUAAGGAGGGCGUCUCAGAUCGUCAGACAACGCGCACCUUCUGCGGCACACCCAACUAUAUGGCCCCGGAGAUUGUCAGCUUGGAUCCGUAUUCGACAACGGCUGAUUGGUGGUCGUACGGCGUAUUGCUCUACGAACUGAUGGCCGGGCAGGCGCCCUUCGAUGGCGAAGAUGACAUCUCAGUUUUCCGCAAUAUUAAGGACAAGAAGGCCAUAUUUCCCAAGCACUUCACCCAGGAGGCUAUGGAUAUUAUAACGAGCUUUCUGGCCAAGAAGCCGAAUAAUCGUUUAGGGGCUGGUCGCUAUGCCCGCCAGGAGAUCACCACGCACCCUUUCUUCUGCAAUGUGGACUGGGACUCGGCGGAGGCUUGUGAAAUGCAGCCCCCAAUUGUGCCUAGAAUUAAACAUCGCAAGGAUAUAAGCAAUUUUGAUGAGGCGUUUACCAAGGAGAAAACGGAUUUAACUCCAACGGAUAAAUUGUUCAUGAUGAAUUUGGAUCAAAAUGAUUUCAUUGGUUUCUCAUUUAUGAAUCCCGAGUUUAUAACCAUAAUUUAAGCUUUGCGACUACUGUUAAAAGCUCAGGUUGCAGGACACAAUAAAGGAUUUCAAUGGAAGCUUUGUCAAGCUUAUUCGUAUAA